AACCCUUUUCCACAUGACUCAAGUUGUUCAUAGUUUGCAUUGACUCCGACUGUAGGCUACUAGACACAGUAUAACAGCAAGUUGUGCAGCAAGUCAUCACACUCCUAUUUCAGAAGUGAUUUCAUCAGCUUUUCUUAACUCAGCAUGUUUCGUAAAAAUGAGAGAGGAUAUAAAGAACUAUGCUACGAUGGGCAGCACCUGAAGCUUGAAGAGCUAAAACGGCGACAAAUAAAGAAUAACUACCUCUAUAGGUCAAUCCCAGAAUACCCUGAGAAGGUGGAAUUUCAAGUGUCAUAUCUUCGGCAUAACACUAACCUCCAAGGAUUCUUUGGCAUUUUGGAUUCUGAGGGAUUUAAAAAGCCGACACCCAACGACUCUCCAAAACGCGAUCUGGUAUGGUGGAGCCCAGAUAUUUCCAGAGAUGAUAUUACCAUUGCUGAAACUUCGUACUUGUGUGGCUACGUAGUAAAACCUUUCCUGCACAAGUUCACCACUUCCCCAGCCUUUCUGUCAUCCUCACGCUUGGGGAACUUCCGUUUCAGUAUGUCGAUCAGUGAGCUGUUGAGAAGCUACCAACAGCAGUUCUGUGAAGGCCAGGAGCCCAGCAUUCGCAUUUUUGAGACUGUGGUCUAUAAGCAGGAAGUGAUGUAUUCUAUUGUGAUUCAUGCACCUUGCGCUCAUAACCUGUUCUCUGAGUAUCCCCUGCUCGAGGAUACCCAGGAUGCAGUAUGUGUGUUUAGUGAAAACACCAUUAUCUGGCGUCCACAGGCAAUGAGUGAAACACACCGUUUCAGGCUGUCUCGUAACAUGAAAGCUAUUCGGAUAAAUACAAAUGCCAGACAAGCGUACAUGUGGGAUAACAUAGGAGUGGCAUUCCAUGUUCCACAUGGAAAAAUCUUUCGCUUCAGCAGGAAAAAUCUGACUGAGAGUCUCAGACUCUGUGAGGGAGCUCAGCCAAAAAUUAACACAGAAGAGUUUGUGAAGUGUGAGUUUGACCCCAUCAGGAGAGAAUAAAUGUGACAGAGAAUCCAUUACCUGGAGCUUGCACUUUUAGGUAUAAAAAAAGCGGGAAGUUUUUGUAAUAACGCAUGUAGAUUUAUGAAUGGUUUG